AUGAUGGGCUCCUUCCGCUCCGGCGGCCUCGGCUCCGGACUUUAUGGCUACGGCGGGGGCUACCGCGCGGGCGUCGGCGGCGCGCACUGCGCCCCCGGCGCGCUCGGCGCGGGCGGCGCGUACGGCGCAGGCGCCGGCGGCGCGUACGGCGCAGGCGCCGGCGGCGGCUGCACGGGGUGCUGCGCCGGGGCCACCGCGUGCAUGGGCUGCGGGCCCGCCUGUGGCGCGGCGUGUGCCGAGGCGUCCGGCUGCGGCGGGGCGGGCGGCACCACCACGCUGAGCUACGUGGGCCCCGGGGGCGACUACGCCGCGGAGACCACCUACAGGUACGUGGGCAUGGGCGCGGGCGAGUUCGGCAUGAUCCGCAUCCCCGGGCGCGGCCCGAGCUGCUGCCUGUGCCUCAUCCCCCUGGGGCUGUGCCUGCUGCUGCUGCCGCUCCUGCUCUUCGCCAUGGCGUCCGGCUCGACCACCACCACGACCACGACGACCACCACUCCGUUUGUCCCGCCGUCCACGGCGCCGCCCGAAAUCACUUUCACGACGACCACAAAGAAGACGACUACCAGGGCGCCCCCGCCGCCCCCUCCGCCCCCGCCCCCGCCUCCGCCGCCUCCGCCGCCUCCGCCGCCUCCGCCUCCGCCUCCCACAACGACGGAGAAGAAGAUUAAUUGUGGGGAGGGCGACGUCGUGAGCUGGGAUGUCCCGAAGAAGGUCUACUGCUGCCUGCACGAAGGCAAGGGGUGCCCGACGACUCCUGCGGCGCCAAGUAUAAUCCCCGCGCCGGUGCCAGUCGUCACUACGCAGCGGAGCACCACCUCGCCCUGUCCGAUCGACUGCAAUGCGGGCUACAACGAUCUGGACCCUCUCCAGUGGGUCCGCGGCUGGUCGGGCGAAAAGAAGCUGUAUCUGGCUGCCUGCGACCGCGAACAAGGGCUGCCCGUCGGAGCUCCCCCCGCCCUCUGGGCUGCCGCCGUCCAACGCUCCCCCGGCGCCAGACAACAGCGAGUACGACUGCGACGCGGGGUAUCACCACUGCAUGCACUGCCUGGAGCUGUCGUGGUCGCCGAAGAAGAUCGCGUACUGCUGCUCCAAGGAGCACAAGGGCUGCAAGGGCGAGGAGCCCGAGUGAGGGGGGGGGCACUGGCUCGGCCGCGCUUCGAGGCGCCUCGACUCGCGCGGACGCUCUGUGGGACUCGCUCGAGAGGUUGGGGGAUCGAGGCGCCGCACCACAUUCGCGCGGUGUCACAGGAUCGGGACUGCACCAGGUCGAGCGGGCCAGAGGCAAAGUGUACUCUUGCCAGUUCUUUAUUUUUCGUCGGCGUGCCACGCUUGUACAGGGUGCGCACUCUGCGUGCGCAGGAGGCAGGCCGCCCUACGUCCCUCGGCAGGCAGUGGCAGUUGACGUUCUCCUUUCUGCAGCAAAGGACCGCUCUGCACCAGGCUGUUCGAGACCCCCUCUUCGAUGCCGAACAUCAUCUCAUCCCGCGCGUGCCGUGCAACGCACUCCAUGCCAUGAGGAGGACGGGAGUGUUCAAGGCCUCACCAUUAGACGCGGAUUUGAACCACGGUUAA